AUGUAUCUACUGAUAUUGUUGGUUGGCCUGACUCUGGCUUCUGAGGACGAGCAGCAAUACUGCGGGGGGCGCUACACACACCUCUGUCUAGGGAAAGGCCAGCAUGUGGCCUGCCAGUUUCCAGUGGCAGGUUCGGGGCCUAACUGUCAAAACUACUCGAGGAUUCGUUUCACCGCUGAACUUCGAAAUGUUAUCACUAAUUUCAUAAACAAACGGAGGCAGAGGAUCGCUGCAGGCCAUGAGAGAGUUAGAGGAGGCAAACACAUACCGACUCCGCAGGUCAUGAUGUUUGUUGAAUGGGACGUCGAGUUGGCGAGACUUGCUCAGAGAUUGGCUGACCAAUGCUACUUUGUCCAUGACGAAUGCAGAGCGACAGUUCGGUACCCCUACGCCGGUCAAUCCGUAGGCGAAGUGCGAUGGCGACAUCUCAGCGACAACUACGAACUGAGCGCUCAGCGCGCUAUUCGACGCGUGUUCGACGCCUGGUGGGGCGAGCGGCGGCGGGUAGAACCGCAUCAACUCGUCAAGCCUUUCAAAAUUAGCAAUAAAGGCCUAGUCUGGGGCCACUUCAGCCAACUCGCAGUAUGGUCGCUCCGUGCGGUCGGCUGCGGCGCCGUCCGCCACGGCGAAGACUACCCUCGUCUGCUGCUCGUCUGUAACUUCUCUCAUACGAACAUGCUUGGAGAGAAGACGAUUGUCCCGGGGGAAGUGGGGCCGUGCCCGGAGCAUACGAGGAGGAAAGCGAGGUCUAACUUCCCGCUGUUGUGUGCCUCGGUAAAAGAACAAAUCAAGAACUCGCGAGUGGUCGAGGAAGAGGUUCUGGAUGAGUCGGAUUAUGAUGACGAGGAAGGCAACUCCGAGGUUUUGCAGGAGAAUUUGAAGAAACUCGGCGCGGUGGUAACUGGGAAGCCAAAACGGUACAGGGAAGACGAAUGGGGAAACAACAGAUUGAAACCGACCGAAGAAACAGACAUCGAAGAAACCGCCACAGCGAAAAAAUGGACCACGGGAGCAUAUCUAGAUGAACACGAAAUCAUCAGCGAUGAUGAUGCAGAUUACAUUACUCCUUUAAAACAAGCAACAAAAGCCCCACACAGGAAGCUGAGAGUUAAAAUUAAACCUAUUACCAUAACUACUCCAGAAACUAGUGGGAGGAAGAUUAUUAUAGACGAGGAAGAAUAUAGGAGUCUCGCGGAGAAGAGUGAAAGAAUUAACCCGUAA